AUGGACGACCGCAGAGACAAUAUCGGCGGAGGUGGUGGUCGCUGGUACGGCCCUCCACCACCGGAUCUGUCCCUCCCACCACCUCCGACCAAGAUGCGCCGCAAACAGCGUCGACAGCCUCCGCAGGAGACGGUAAACCAGUUCUGGGACCAACUGAACCCCCGACAUCCGGGGAAAGUCUUCACCCUCCUCCCCAACAACCCUUACGCCCGCAAAAAGGCGGCAAAGACCCCGCAUGGCACCGUCUCUGGCCAGCGCGCUGCCAAGUCGUACGAGGAGGCCCGCGCCGAGUGUGUCAGGGACGUCGACAGGAUCGUCAGAGAGUGUAGGCGACUGAACCAAAAGUACCGUGACAUGCAUUUCGACAUCGAGUGGGAUCUCAAGUCCGGCCAGCGGAAUUGUCUCGACGGUCUCAGCACGCCCGGUGAUUCCAUGAAGCCAAAGGGUGUCAGAAGGGUGACGGACAUCUUCGAGAAGCCCGAAUUCUUCAUCAAAGGUCCCACUGCCGGCGACGUAAGGCAGGGACGUGAUGGCGAUUGCUAUCUGAUGGCGGCCCUGUGUGGGCUGGGCAAUAUGGAAGGGUUGAUCAACCGAGUCUGUGUCAAACAGGACAUGGACGUUGGCGUUUACGGUUUUGUCUUCUUUCGAGAUGGCGAGUGGCAACAUACUAUCAUCGAUGAUAAAUUAUAUACUAGAGCGCCCGAUUACGACGAAGCUCAGGACGAGCGGGUCGUCUGGGACGACAUCAACCGCGUCGACAGCGCCGAGGAAUACCGCAAAGCGCACCUGACGGGCUCGAGAGCACUGUACUUUGCACAGUGCAGCGACGAGAACGAGACCUGGCUCCCACUGCUUGAGAAGGCGUACGCCAAGGCACAUGGGGAUUUCGCGUCCAUCGACGGGGGAUUCACUGGCGAGGCCAUCGAGGACCUGACCGGCGGGGUGACGACCGAGAUAUACAGCACCGACAUUCUCGACCGCGAAGCCUUCUGGCGCGACGAGCUCAUGCAGGUUGGCAAGAAGUUCCUGUUCGGCUGCGCCACGGGCUUCUUCGCCAACUGGCUCGACACGACGGGGGCGCCGCGCGAACGCGAGGGCAUCGCCGAGGGCCACGCCUACAGCAUCAUGGACGCGAGGGAGGUCGAGGGCCAACGACUCCUGAAGCUCCGCAACCCGUGGGGCAAGAAGGAGUGGACGGGGAAGUGGAGCGACGGCAGCUCCGAGUGGACGCCCGAGUGGAUGAAGCUGCUGGACCACAAGUUCGGCAACGACGGCAUCUUCUGGAUCAGCUACGACGACCUCCUCAAGAAGUACCAGCACUUUGACCGCACGCGCAUCUUCGGACCCGAGUGGAACGUCACGCAGUGCUGGACCAGCGCCAACGUCGCGUGGUCGGCCGAGUACCACAGCACAAAGUUCUCUUUGACCCUGGAGGAGAAGGCGCCCGUGGUGAUUGUGCUGGCGCAGCUGGACGACACCUACUUCGGCGGGUUGGAGGGCGGGUAUGGCUUCGACCUCCAAUUCCGCCUCGAGUCCGACGACAAGGAAGACGAAAACGACUACAUUGUGCGGUCCAACGGGAACUACGGCAUGGCCAGAUCCGUCAGCACCGACAUUGAGCUGGAGGCCGGCACGUACUCGGUGCUCAUCAAGAUCACCGCCACAAGGGACACAGAGCGUGAACAUGUCGAAGACGUGUUACCCAUUUAUGCGGCUACACGACGCGAAAAGCUCAUCCAGAUGGGUCUCUCGUACGACCUGGCACACGCUAAGGGCGUGACUGUAGAAACCAAGGCGGAGCGGAAAGCACGCAAAGAACGCGAAAAGACUCGACGGGCCAAGGAGAGGCAGGAGAUGAAGGAGCGGGCCAAGGCGCAGGCCAAGAAGCAUUGGGAGAGACAGAAGAAAAGACACGAGCUGGAGAAGGUGAGGUCGGCCAGACACAAGGAGAGGAAAGAGAGGAAGAAGCGGGCAAAUGGGAAAACCCGUCCAGAGGUAGUCAAGGUGGUCAUCGUCGAGAGACAGGGGACCUUUGACAGCAUGGCCAACGAAAAUCCCGAGAGCAGGAGGGAGACCGCGACAAUCCAGGACGGACACGCCGAUAAAGUACACGACCCGAAGAGAGCAUCUGACUCCGUCACCGUCCAGUCCUCCAACAACAGCUUUGUCACUGUGAGCACGAAGGGGCCUGCGGAGCUGUCAGAAGAGCCCAUCCCGAUCCUCGCCCCUCCAGAGAAACCUGCGGAAGAGGUCACUGCCGAGAAUGUCGUCCAGCCUCUAGAAGAAGUGGUCAAGGUCGCCGACGCAGAAGAGCAUGCGAUCAAGGUGGAAGGCUCUUCGAGCACGAAACCCGCCGAGUCGGGGGAUUCCCAUGCUGGAUCUAACGACGCGUCAGUCCAAACUGAGAGCUCGAUUGUCAUCACGGACAUCAAACCGUUGUCGAAGCCGCCACCACGAACUGUGCCGGAGGCCGACACCUCGCAAGACGCAAGCUCAGACAACCGAGUCGCCGUCAUCGCCAGACGCACGGACAGCGAAUCUAAUACGGCAAACGGCCCUCGUGGUGGGGCACCCCUGCGCAGCGAAACCCUGAACAGCACGGCCGCCAUGCUAGGAAUCGGAAGCGGAACCGAUAGUCGCGAGUACGACGACAUCCACGACGGCGACCAACUCCGAGACUCGGACAUUGAUCGCUACCACGACGCGAACCGAGAACCCGAUGAGGACGAGGAUAAUCAAGAUAACGACAACAACGACCGAGUGUCCAACGCAGACUCCUUCCCGCCCUUUGACUGGAACUCGGAACUCGACAUGAGUCCCUACACGAGCAGCGACGAUGACGACUCGGACACUUCGUCAACGCACACCUUCCCUCCAGGGCUCGGUCGACGGGGGACCAACGUCCGCCGCGGCCGACGCCGCUCUCGCUCCCCGCUGCUCAACCCGCCCAUCGAGAUUGACGACCCGGGCGCGAAGCAAGCGGGUGGUGGUGGGGCCGACGACACCGGCGGCGACGGGCCCAAUGAGCCGUGGAACGCGGUCUGCGUCGUCGGGUUGAGAGUGUACUCGACGUUGAAGGGCGAGGGGGUCAAGUUGAAGAUUGUGCGGCCGAGCGAGUUCUCCGACGAUGAUGACGACAACACUGCGGAUAAAGGCGGAGAGAAGAAGGAUAAACACGACACCACAGCCACUACUACGGGCAAUGACACGAGCGAAUCCGCAGAAGCAGACGCAGACAAGAAACCCGCCGUCGAACCGAUCCUCGACCCGGACGAUAUCUCCAAGGGCGCCGUGGCCGUCGAGCCUGAGAGCACCGGCGCCGUUGUGGCUGGGGAAGUGCAAGUCCGUGAUCCGGCAGAUCGGAUGAAACUAGGUGCUCGCGACAGCGGUAGCGGUAGCUCCAGAAAUAGCAGGACCAUGAAGCUGGGUUUCCCUCCCCCGACGGAAGAGAGGGUGAGCACGAACACGCGGAGAACGAAGAAGGAGAAGCAGCUUGCGCGAAGAUGA